GGUCCGGCGCGAUGCCGACCCUCUUUAUCAAUGCAAAUCGCUCUUUUGUGUGCGGCCGCGGCGCCCAGGCGCGAGCUGUGAGCUGAAUUUUUAAUUAUUCCUCUCUUUAACAAACUGUGCUAAAGCUGUGCAAAGGGGGCGCGUCGCCACAAACCUCGCAGUUCCGCCGCAUGCAGGCGCAGUGACUGCUGGGCGUUGCAAGCGAGGCACCAUGGACCCCGAGGAGCUCAGCGCUCAUGACGCGCCGCUUACUGUGAACGAACAGGUGAUCGUGAUGUCUGGCCAUGAGACGAUCCGUGUCCUGGAGGUGGAGGUGGAUGCGUCCCUUCCUGCCUCUGGCUCCGAGGUGAAGGCGAAUGGAGGCGGUGAAGGGGGAGGCCGGCUUCCUCUGCAGCCCAGCGAGGGGGGGGCCCAUGACUCCCCUGUACAGUCAUGUGACCCUGGCGGAGCAGCUCUGGGUGAUGGAGGCUCUGUUGCUGAGGUUUCGGUCCCGUCUGUUCAAAGUUCGGCUUCAGCAGGACCCAUCAGCAUGGCCCUCUCUCAGCCCCAGGCGGCGGUGCCUGUUACCGUCCAGGCCUGUCCGCAGGUGCUCACCCAGGAUGGCCUGACCACACUGAUGACAGGUGUUGUGGCCCAGCCAGGAUCCCUUGGCCAGCCGCUGCUCAUCCCCAUCAGCGUGGCGGGCUCAGUUGGGGGACAGGGCGGCCUGGCCGUGCUCACCUUCCCCACGGCAACUGUGGCCACCCUUCCCGGACUGGCAGCAGCCACUCCCGCUGGAGGUGUCCUCAAGCUGCCCUUCGCUGGACUACAGGCUGCCACUGUGCUGAAUGCUGUCCAACCUCAGCUGCACACAGCUGCGCAGACGGUCCUGCAGCCCCAGGCAGCUGCUUUGCAGUCGGUGCAGGCAGCCCUGCAGCAACAGCCCCAAACCACACAGGCUGCUGCGCAGGUGGCCGUCGCCUCCGCUGCUCCUGCUGCGCCCCGGGUGUCAGAACCUAGUGCAUCUGUUGCAGCGCUGCAGAAUGCAGGGAUCUCCAUCAACCCGGCCAUUAUCAGUGCUGCAUCGCUGGGUGCCCAGCCUCAGUUUAUCAGCUCCCUGACUACCACUCCUGUCAUCACGAGCGCCAUAUCUGGUGUGCCGGGACUCACCAGCCAGAUCAUCACCAAUGCUCAGGGACAGGUGAUUGGGACUCUCCCUGUCCUGGUGAAUCCAGCGUCGCUGACCGGUAGUGCAGCUUCUGCCCUCUCCGCCCAAGGCCUGCAGGUGCAGACAGUGUCCCCACAGCUGGUUCUGAAUGCCCAAGGCCAGAUCAUCGCCACCAUCGGAAGCGGACCCACCUCGACACCCACCUCGGCCGCCGUCAUUCCUAAACCCUCUGUGCCGCUAACCCUUGCCAAGUCCACCACUCAGGGUCAGGUUGUGACAGUGAGUCAGGCCCCGGUGGUCAUCGCUCCCCAGCCCUCGGUAGUGAAGACUGUCCCCUCCCUCUCCUCUUCUGUUCCCAUCACCUGCGGAGACUCGCCCACCGUGGGCCAGCUUGUCAGCAAGCCUCAGCAGGGAGCUACAGAUGAGGAGGGCAUUAAUUUGGAAGAAAUCCGUGAGUUUGCCAAGAACUUCAAGAUCCGACGCCUCUCCCUAGGGCUCACACAAACACAAGUGGGACAAGCACUUACUGCUACAGAGGGCCCAGCCUACAGCCAGUCUGCCAUAUGCAGGUUUGAAAAGUUGGACAUCACACCCAAGAGUGCCCAGAAGUUGAAACCAGUUUUGGAGAAGUGGCUGGCAGAGGCAGAGCUAUGGAACCAGAAAGGGCAACAGAACCUGAUGGAGUUUGUGGGUGGAGAGCCAUCCAAGAAGCGCAAGCGGCGCACCAGCUUCACACCACAGGCCAUUGAAGUCCUUAACACCUAUUUUGAGAAGAAUGCCCUCCCUACAGGCCAAGAGAUCACAGAGAUCGCCAAAGAGCUCAACUAUGACCGCGAGGUGGUCCGAGUAUGGUUCUGUAACAGGCGACAAACCCUGAAGAACACAAGCAAGAUUAACGUCUUUCAAGUCCAGUAGUAAAGGAGAUGAUCGGUGAAAGCUUCAAGGUUAUUGGUGAAGAAAUGUUGGACCAUUUAUUGCAGGUGAUUGAUGGUUUUAGAAAUGCGGAUGAGGGUUUUGCCAGAGUGGCGAGUCCCACUGAUGAUGUUGGUUGGUCAACGAUGUCAAUGAAGGACGUCACCUAGGACAAGGAGCAGCCCAGGAUUCGGACUCAAUAACACACGUGCAAAAACUAAAGACUCUUCCCACAAAUUUUGGGGACAUCAAAUAAUUGUCUUUCGUGAGUAGAAACCAAGGAGGUCCAAUCUUUUGCUCUUCUCCUUGUCAAAUUUCUCUCCACCCCCCUUAAAUCCCUGUUUAAUAUGUAUGUUGUGUAUAUACCAUCACACCUGUCUGUGAAACAGGUGGUGUGUGACCCUGAUCAACUUGAAAAAUAUGCAGUCACUUUUUGCAAAAGGACUAAGAGAAGCAGGCUUUUCUCUCAGAUAUGAGGACACUUUUGACAGUGUGUCUGCCUGAGCUGCUCGUACCAGAAGGUUGAAUGAACUUUGGAGGAGAGCUUCAGGUGGCUCAGAAAGAAGAUGUAGUAUUACCUUAUGCACUUCGAUCGGUACAAAAUCUCCCACCUCAGAUGGACAUGGGGAAUUUUAAUGUUUGUACAUCUGGUAUGAAUCCUCUUGUCAUUUUAUUUCUGGUUGUGUCCCUUGGGAUAAGUCCCAUCGAUGCUUCUUUUUAAGUGAUGCAGGCCCAUUAUUUUAUUUUUUUCCUCCGCAAUCCAGUAUGUUUUUCUUUAAAUCAAAUUUGCAGUUAAGGGGUAAGACCUCCGGAUUUGUGCAGAUCUAUUGUUUUAAAUAGGACACAUAUGGAGCUUACACACUGUACCAGCAAACAGAAAAUGUUACACUCCUUGCUACAUUGACAGAGUGGUGCUUGGUAAAUGAGGAUUUCUUAUGUGUAAAUAGCAGAUAUUGUGCAGGAGGGAAGAUGUUUAAAAGAAAAUUAGAACUCGAGGGUUUUUUUUUUUUUUUUUUUUUUUUGGGGGGGAGCUUCAGCCCCCAUUGUUGCCAUAACACUAAAUCAGCCCUAUUGUCUGGAGGCAGGAUUCAUCAGAGUAACUAACUCUAUGGCUUGUAGCUCCAGAAGAGCAAACAACGUGUGUACAAAAGGAAGACAUGGAUAAUAUACUGAAUCAUUUUUCAGCAGUGGUCCUAGGCAUUUCAGAAUAAUUCCAAUGCAUUGUUUUCUUUAUUUCUGAAAUUGGGAAGCAUUAACAGAAGCAUGUGUCUCCUCAUAUGUUAAGAGUUAAGAGUGGAAAGGUCUCGAGGAGCACAAGCCCUUUGUGGUGGAGAAACACGGAUGCUCUGACCUCAGUCACUCGUUUGUUCAUGGAAACAACAAAAUUCGCACUCCAAGUACCCUGAGGGUGCUGCUGCCUCUUCCCCAUCCUCUCCACACUACGCAUUCUGAGGCUGUGAAAGAGGUGCUCUUGUUGCAAUAGUGCAGGGUGUUAGUGCUCGGUAUUAACCGCAGUACAUGGGCAGCUGCUAAUCUGCGCGUACGGUUUAGGCACCCAGCCCUGUUCUCUUGUAAUGUAGACAUGUCAUUGCAAUAAGUUGUCCCACAGCCUAACCAAAGGGUGCUCUCUGUUUCCCAGUGUUUUCUCUCACCAGUUGCUGAUUCUGCUAUGGAAAUUCAGUGCUUGGCUUAAACAUGUAUGGUAGGGCAAUAGUAGAUGAGUUGUUAAGGGUUCAAACUCUGGAAUACUCCAUGUUUCGGCAAGGAAAAACCUGUUCAGAAGGAAAUCCUCAAAGGGUAUUUUUCUAUGAAAUUGCAAUUGAAAUGCAGGUGUGAAUUAUUUUGCUAGCAUUUCUAGUUUACACCGAGGCUUUUCAUCUCCACAGUGGUCCCCUGUUUUGUCAAGUCAGGCUAAGAGGCAUAUAACCAGAUUUUAGUAAGGCUCUUUCACAUGGUACUGAUCGAUUCUGAGCUCAGGUGGUUCUUGAGGAGGGGUGUGGUGAGUAAAUGUGUGGCGGAAAUAAGCUGAAAGUACAUCAUUAAAUACUGUAACAUACUACACUAAGUUUCACUUAACUUUUGGGGUGCAGGUCCUCAUUUCUCUCUUUAGGCAGACGACUUAGUCAUAUGUAAUUGUAUCUGUGCUUAAUGUGGUCUUGCAUAUUCUACGUGUGCAAACAUGCAUCCUAUGGUUUUAAGUUAAAUUCUAUGCUUAAAAGAGGCCUUCAGUUUCCUUUCCUUUGCAUUGGGCUAGUCAUGCAGCAUUAAAUAUGUGUUCUUAUUUGUCAAAUGCGGUGUGAUUAGUGAUAUAUUAAAUUUUUAUUUUUUUUUUUAAAGAUGGAUUUAUGUUUUUUACGUUUAUAAAGCAUACAGGGUUGCGAGUGUUUCAGCACUUAAAAUGAUGAUAUUUGGAACAUGACAAUUUAGGCAAGUGAUGCAUUUUAAGGCACUCCCUUAAAUCAGAACAGCCUCCCACAAAUUGUCCUCUGUAUUUUUAUAGAUGCAACAAUAAUGCAGUUUUACAAAAUGUCUUAUGAAUGACAAAAACCUUGUACUAUUACAAAGAAUUAAUAGUAAACCAUAUUGUCUGCCAUGUACAGGCUUUGAAAACAAAUUUCAGAGUAAACUGUCAACAGGGCUUGAUGCAUCCUGUCCUUUGUCCCCUCUGACAUAUUUUAUGCUCUAGAGGAAUAUGGUUAGUGCAUUAUCAACAGAAAAUUCCACAUCCCACUGCUACUCCACACUGAUAAUGUGGCAUUUAUUACCUCCAUAUAAAGCAUUUGGCUUAUUUCAAAAUAUUUCUGCUUUAUGAGUCUUUGUCAUAAGCAUGUCAUUUCAGUGUGAAUUAUUCUGUAACGGCCAAGUCUCAAAGCAGGCUGUCAACUAAAGCUAAUACUUUUUAGAGGAAAAAUCAAAUCUCUCAAGCUUAUACCAUGUCUGAAGAGGAUGCAGCAUAUGAUUAAUUUCUGUAGACUUGUUGCAAACAGUGGAACAGGCAAGGAGCAACCUUUUGUUUUUGAUUGGAUUUUUUUUUUAUGGAGUCAGAAUGGGAUUGUUCAUGAUUUUGUAUUAAGUCAUUUUUGUUUAGUUCAUAGAACUAAAUUUGAGUAUUUAACUGAAUAUUGAACCCAUUUAACUAAAUAUUUUUCCACAUUUGUUCUUUUAUUAUGUGUAAUGUUGUAAUCUCUAACCCUUGUAACUGAACUUACACAAUGCUUACCUUGAGAUGCUAGCAAGGAUGGUUGUUACAAAGUAGACAGUGGUCAUGAGGGUGUCUUGCAUGCCUGGUAUGGAGAAGGAUGAACACAGAUUAUUGGUGUGUUUAAAAAAGCUACAUUUUUAUAUAAAAAAGUUAUUGAUUGAAAAUAACUUAACUGUCUACAGAAAUGGUUUCCAGCUGACUAGUUACUCUUGUA